GCCACUAGCUCUGCCUGGCUUCUGCUGCCUCCUCCACUCAGCAUGGCGCUGCCUUGGGUCCUUGCAGUCCUGAGCCUCCUGCCUCUGAUGGAUGCCCACAGCCCACUGUGUGCCAACCUGACGGCGGUGCCCAUCACCAAUGCUAGCCUGGACCGGAUCUCUGGCAAGCGGUUUUAUAUUGCUUCGGCCUUACGAGACCCUGAGUACAAAAAGGCAUCUAUGGAGAUCUCAGCAGACUUCUUUUACCUUGCUCCCAACAAGACAGAGGAUAAGAUAGAACUCAGAGAGUACCAGACCAUCAAGGACAAGUGUGUCUAUAACUUCAGUUAUCUGAACGUCCAGCGAGAGAACGGGACUAUCUCCAAAUAUGAGGGAGGAAAAGAACAUUAUGCUCAGCUGGUGCUCCUCAAAGACCCCAAGAUCUUCAUCUUUGCCUUCUUCCUGGAAGAUGAGCAGAACCGGGGACUGACCUUCUACGCUGACAAGCCAGAGGCCACAGAGGAGCAGCUGGAGGAGUUCUAUGAAAUGCUCGCCUGCGCCGGCAUGUUGAAGUCUGAAGUCGUGUACACUGACAUCAAAAAGGAUGCGUGUGAGCCACUGGAGAAGCAGCACAAGAAGGAGGAGGAGGAGAGGAGGAAGGAAAAGGACUCCAAGGAGGACACAGCCUCGGGGCAGGACCUCGGGGAUGCAGCCCGCCCUUCCUAACUCAUUUCUUCCCCCCACUUGCAUCAAUAAAACAUCUGCAUUGGAAUAGC